CCAGAGAAAGAAGAGCAAGUGCCAUGUUGAAGCCAUUAUUGCCAUCUAGAACCUUCUUACUCCUUCAGCUGCUUCUGCUGGGGGUAGGGUGGAGCUCCAGUGGGAAUGAAGACACCAGCACUGGUCCUAUUCCGCCCCUCCCGCACGUUCAAUGCUUUGUGUUCAAUGUUGAGUAUAUAAGUUGUACUUGGAAUAGCAGUUCUAUGUCCCAGCCAACCAAUUUGACUCUGCACUAUAGGUACCAGAAAUUUAAUGAUAAAUUCCGGGAAUGCAGCCACUAUCUGUUCUCAGAAGAGAUUACUUCUGGCUGUCAGAUACAAGAAAAGAACAUCGAUCUCUACCACACAUUUGUUGUCCAGCUCCAGGACCCCCAGAAACCCCAGAGGAAGGAACAGAGGCUAAACCUGCAGAAUCUUGUGAUCCCAUGGGCUCCGGAGAAUCUAACACUUUACAACCUGAGUGAAUCCCAGCUAGAGCUGAGCUGGAAAAGCAGCAUCAAAGAACGCUGUUUACAAUACUUGGUGCAGUACCGGAGCGACCGAGAUCGAAACUGGAUGGAACAAAGAGUGGAUCAUGAACCCAGAUUCUCCCUUCCUAGUGUGGAUGGGCAGAAACUGUACACAUUCCGAGUUCGGAGCCGCUUUAACCCCAUCUGUGGAAGUACUCAACACUGGAGUAAAUGGAGCCAACCAGUCUACUGGGGAAGCCACACUACAAAGGAGAAUCCCUCCGUGUUUGUGCUGGAAGCUGUGUUCAUACCUGUUGGCUCCAUGGGAUUGAUUAUUACCCUGAUCUUUGUGUAUUGUUGGCUGGAACGGGCAAUGCCUCGAAUUCCCACCAUCAAGAAUCUAGAGGAUCUGGUUACUGAGUACCACGGAAACUUUUCGGCCUGGAGUGGUGUGUCUAAAGGGCUGACUGAGAGUCUGCAGCCAGACUACAGUGAACGGUUCUGCCAUGUCAGUGAGAUUCUCCCCAAAGGAGGGGCCCUAGGAGAGGGGCCUGGAGGUUCUCCUUGCAGCCUGCAUAGCCCGUACUGGCCUCCUCCAUGUUAUUCUCUGAAGCCUGAAGCCUGAAGCCUGAAGCCUGAGCCUCAAUCCUUUGAUGGAACAUCAGAGUCCUAUAGCUCUAAAUGAUUCUAACUUCCCCCUACACAUCUCACCCAUCUGGAUCCAGUGCCCAUUGGCUCCCCCUGUGGCUAAUUUUCAAUUUCAUGUCCCAUGUAACUGCUCCUCCAUUCCAUAUGCUUUAGUUGAGAAUGCCCCUUUUCCUUCUUCCUUGUACAAGCCCUCCCCUGCUCAGUCUAGCACCUCCCACUUUAUUUUGGAGACGGUCUCACCCUAUAGCGCAGGGUGGCUGAAAACUCACUGUGUAGACCAGGUUGGCCUAUAAUUCACAGGUAAUCCUUCCACCUCAGCCUCCCAAGUGUUGGGGUUAUUGGCAUGUACUACUAUGCCUAGCAUGGCCCUUCUCUUUUACAGGAUCCUUCCUCUCCUUUUCUACCUACCAUUCAAUUGUUCCUGAAUCAAUGAAAAAUAAAGUU